UUGCCCUAUAAAAGCCACAUAGAAUCCCAUAGCAGCACGUCGUCUGUUUGCCCCCUUCUUCAAGCUAGGCACUGCAAAGCCCCUCUCUCCCUCUCGAUCCUUCAAACGUCGAAGCUUCUCAACAAUGAUUACAGUGAGUGUAAAAUGGCAAAAGGAGAUGUUUAAAGAUGUGGAAAUUGAUACUAGCCAGCCCCCUUACGUCUUCAAGUGCCAGUUGUAUGAUCUAACUGGGGUUCCUCCUGAAAGACAAAAGAUUAUGGUUAAGGGUGGUUUGCUGAAGGAUGAUGCAGAUUGGUCAACUUUAGGAGUAAAAGAGGGCCAAAAAUUAAUGAUGAUGGGAACUGCGGAUGAGAUUAUCAAAGCUCCAGAGAAGGGCCCUGUAUUUAUGGAAGAUCUUCCAGAAGAAGAGCAAGUGGUUGCCUUGGGUCAUAGUGCUGGUCUAUUUAAUUUGGGAAACACCUGUUACAUGAAUUCCACACUACAAUGUCUGCAUUCUGUUCCAGAGUUAAAGUCAGCUUUGAUCAAGUAUUCACAUUCUGGAAAAAGCAACGAUGUGGAUCAAUCUUCGCAUAUGUUGGCUAUAGCGACACGCGAUUUAUUUAAUGAGCUUGAUAAAAGUGUCAAGCCUGUGGCACCAAUGCAAUUUUGGAUGUUGCUGCGCAAAAAGUAUCCUCAAUUUGGCCAGCUGCACAAUGGUGUCUUCAUGCAGCAGGAUGCUGAAGAAUGUUGGACUCAACUUUUAUAUACGCUUUCUCAGUCUCUCAAAACGACUGGUUCUAGUGAAAAUCCAGAUACAGUGAAGGCCCUCUUUGGCAUCGAACUUGUUAGCAGGGUGCAUUGCCAAGAAAGUGGAGAAGAAAGCUCAGAGGCAGAAUCAGUUUAUUCUCUUAAAUGCCACAUAUCACAAGAGGUGAACCAUUUGCAUGAAGGACUAAAGCAUGGUUUAAAAUCAGAAUUGGAAAAGGCUUCCCCUUCCUUGGGGCGUAGUGCAAUUUAUUUGAAAGAGUCUCGUAUCGAUGGCCUGCCAAGGUACUUGACCAUUCAGUUCGUGCGGUUUUUCUGGAAGAGGGAGUCAAAUCAGAAGGCCAAAAUUUUGCGGAAAGUGGAUUAUCCUUUGGAGUUAGAUGUUUAUGAUCUGUGUUCAGAUGAUCUCCGCGGAAAAUUGGAAGCUCCUCGCCAGAGGCUAAGAGAUGAGGAAGGUAAAAAACUUGGUCUGAAAGCUAGCAAGGAUGGCUCUAGUUCAAAAGACAAUGAUGUCAAGAUGUCCAAUGCAGAGGGAUCAUCAAAUGGAAGCGGUGAGCCAUCUAUGGCUACAUCCCAAGAAGGUGUCCAAUCAGACAGUGAGACACAAAUGACUGGAAUUUAUGAUUUGGUUGCUGUGUUGACCCACAAGGGUAGGAGUGCUGAUUCAGGGCAUUAUGUUGGUUGGGUCAAGCAAGAAAGUGGAAAAUGGAUCGAGUAUGAUGAUGACAGUCCAAUCGCACAGCGGGAGGAAGACAUUACAAAACUCUCUGGAGGAGGUGAUUGGCAUAUGGCUUAUAUAUGCAUGUACAAGGCUCGCACUAUCCCCAUGUAAUCCUUGUUCUCUUGUGUUUUGGACUCGUUGAAGCAACUUUUGGUUGGCCUCGAGAGGUACUAUUAUGGUAGAUCAAAGAUUGUGAAAUGAGUAGGCAUUACAGAGUUUUCGUAUUGUACCAUUGGUGUAACGGUGUUUAUUUAAAAAAAAGUGUGCUACAGCCUUUUAAUGUGA